UCGCUGCAGAAACACAUGCUGUUUGGAUCAGAGCUCUAUGUAGUUUCACUUCUAAGGAAGUGAAACUCAGACAGUCAUUGCCACUGAGAGGUGAAAUGGCGCAGAAAGGAGUUCAGCUGGACCAGGAAAUCUUCUCUUGUUCCAUCUGUCUGGAUCUACUGAAGGAUCCGGUGACUACUCCCUGUGGACACAGCUACUGCAUGAACUGUAUUAAACGCUUCUGGGAUGAACAGGAUGAGAAGAAAAUCCACAGCUGUCCUCAGUGUAGGCAGACCUUCACACCGAGGCCUGUCCUGGUGAAAAGCACCAUGUUAGCAGAUUUAGUGGAAGAACUGAAGAAGACUGGACUCCAAGCUGCUCCUGCUGAUCACUGCUAUGCUGGACCUGAAGAUGUGGCCUGUGAUGUCUGCACUGGGAGAAAACUGAAAGCCCUCAAGUCCUGUCUGGUCUGUCUGGCUUCUUACUGUGAGAAACACCUCCAGCGUCAUGAUGAGGUGACUUCGUCAAAGAAACACAAGCUGGUGGAGCCCUCCAAGAAGCUCCAGGAGAACAUCUGCUCUCGUCAUGAUGAGGUGAUGAAGAUGUUCUGCCGUACUGAUCAGCAGAGUAUCUGUUAUCUCUGCUCUGUGGAUGAACAUAAAGGCCACGACACAGUCUCAGCUGCAGCAGAAAGGACCGAGAGGCAGAGAGAGCUCGAGGUGAGUCGACAAAACAUCCAGCAGAGAAUCCAGGACAGAGAGAAAGAUGUGAAGGUGCUUCAACAGGAGGUGGAGGCUAUCAAUGGCUCUGCUGAUAAAGCAGUGGAGGACAGUGAGAAGAUCUUCACCGAGCUGAUCCGUCUCAUGGAGAAAAGACGCUCUGAUGUGAAGCAGCAGGUCAGAUCCCAGCAGGAAACUGAAGUGAGUCGAGUCAAAGAGCUUCAGGAGAAGCUGGAGCAGGAGAUUACUGAGCUGAAGAGGAAAGACGCUGAGCUGAAGCAGCUCUCACACACAGAGGAUCACAACCAGUUUCUACACAACUACCCCUCAGUGUCAGCACUCAGUGAAUCUACAGACUCAUCCAGCAUCAAGAAACGUCCUCUGCGCUACUUUGAGGAUGUGACAGCGGCUGUGUCAGAAGUCAGAGAUAAACUACAGGAUGUUCUGAGUAAAAAAUGGACAAACGUCUUACUGACAGUGACUGAAGUGGAUGUUUUACUGUCACAACCAGAGCCCAAGACCAGAGCUGGAUUCUUAAAAUAUUCAUGUGAUAUCACACUGGAUCCAAACACAGCCAACACAUGUCUGUUAUUAUCUGGUGGGAACAGAAAGGCAACAGUAGUGAAUCAACAACAGUCUUAUUCUCGUCACCCAGACAGAUUCACUAUGUAUUUGCAGGUCCUGAGUAAAGAGAGUCUGAAUGGACGUUGUUACUGGGAGGUGGAGUGGAGAGGGGGAGGAGUUUGUGUAGCAGUCGCAUACAAGAAUAUCAAGCGAGCAGGGAGCUUGAAUGAAAUUGGUUUUGGACGAAAUGACAAAUCUUGGGCGUUAUAUUGUGACAGAAACAGUUCAAAUUUUUGGUACAACAAAGUCCAAACUCCCGUCUCAGGUCCUUGGUCCCCCACAGUAGGAGUGUACCUGGAUCACAGUGCAGGUAUUCUGUCCUUCUACAGCGUCUCUGAAACCAUGACUCUCCUCCACAGAGUCCAGACCACAUUCACUCAGCCUCUCUAUGCUGGACUUUGGUUUUAUUACUGGUCAUCUGGAGACACUGCUGAGUUGUAUAAACGCAAUUUGAAAGGAAGAGACCAUUCAUUAUUUUCUGCUAUCAAUGGCUCUGCUGAUAAAGCAGUGGAGGACAGUGAGAAGAUCUUCACCGAGCUGAUCCGUCUCAUGGAGAAAAGACGCUCUGAUGUGAAGCAGCAGGUCAGAUCCCAGCAGGAAACUGAAGUGAGUCGAGUCAAAGAGCUUCAGGAGAAGCUGGAGCAGGAGAUCACUGAGCUGAAGAGGAAAGACGCUGAGCUGAAGCAGCUCUCACACACAGAGGAUCACAACCAGUUUCUACACAACUACCCCUCAGUGUCAGCACUCAGUGAAUCUACAGACUCAUCCAGCAUCAAGAAACGUCCUCUGCGCUACUUUGAGGAUGUGACAGCGGCUGUGUCAGAAGUCAGAGAUAAACUACAGGAUGUUCUGAGUAAGAAAUGGACAAACGUCUCACUGACAGUGACUGAAGUGGAUGUUUUAUUGCCACAUUUACAACCAGAGCCCAAGACCAGAGCUGGAUUCUUAAAAUAUUCACGUGAAAUCACACUGGAUCCAAACACAGCUUACACAAAACUGUUGUUAUCUGAGGGGAACAGAAAGGCAACAGGAAUGAGAGAAGCACAGUGUUAUUCUAGUCACCCAGACAGAUUCACUAGAUGUUGUCAGGUCCUGAGUAAAGAGAGUCUGACUGGACGUUGUUACUGGGAGGUGGAGUGGAGAGGGGGAGGAGUUUGUGUAGCAGUCGCAUACAAGAAUAUCAAGCGAGCAGGGGGAGCCAUUGAAUGUGAAUUUGGACAAAAUGACAAAUCUUGGACAUUAAGGUGUGACAAAAACGGCUAUAACAUCUUGUACAACGAAGUCCAAACUCCCGUCUCAGGUCCUUGGUCCCCCACAGUAGGAGUGUACCUGGAUCACAGAGCAGGUAUUCUGUCCUUCUACAGCGUCUCUGAAACCAUGACUCUCCUCCACAGAGUCCAGACCAUAUUCACUCAGCCUCUCUAUGCUGGGCUUCGAAUUUUAGAUUUUGGAGACACUGCUGAGUUUUGUGAACUCAGAUAGUCAGAAGUUAUUUGAGGGAAAGUAGGUUAAAUUCUCUGUUUUAAUCCUUAAAUUUAAUUUGUCGUCAUGUUUGUUGCUGAGAGCUGAUUGUGGCAUUUCUUCACUGCACAGAGGUCACCUGUCAAUCAAACAUUAUGGGUGGUACUUUGGCAUCUUCUCAUUAGUUGCUGUGCAAAUGUUUGAGUUUUUUUUAGGUGGCGCUCAGGGACGUCACUAGGAUUGAAAGACGGGGUAUGCAUAACUUGUGCUUGAGAAAUCUCUGCACUCGCACCUUUUACUUACUUAGACUGUUACUGUAUUAGAACUACAGUUAUGUCAACAACCAGUGAAGAACCCAAGUUACUGUGUUACAUGGGCGUCAACAAACGACAAAUGUGGGUGGGUCCUUCUCCAGGAGUUUUUUUAUAUAUAUAUAUAUAUAUAGCCUAUAUAUAUAUAAAGAGAACAAGAUGUGAUGUUCUUUAACACUAUUUUAUAGAAAUCCUCAUUGCUUAUUGCUUAUAUGCUAUUUUAUAGCUGCUUGGUUCAUUGUUUUGCUCCAAACUGCAUUUCGUUGUGUUUUGUAUACAAUAACAAUAGUCUCUAUCAUGAUUCCUGAAUUCAAAUUUCAGGUUUGUGUCUUGAGGCCUUCCCCCUGAAAAUUUUGAGCAAUAAACACUUAAUUUCCUGCA